AUGGUUCGUUACCGAGUGAGAAGCCCCAGUGAGCGUCCACGCAAGGGGCCUGGGCAAGAACAUGAAGAUCAGGGGCAAGGGUUGAGCCCAGAGCAUGUGGAGGACUAUGGGAGGACACAUAGGGGCCACCACCAUCACAGACACCGUCGCUGCUCACGUAGGAGGCUGCACCGGAUCCACAAGAGGCGCCGGUCAUGCAGGAGGCGGAGACACUCCUGCCGCCACAGGAGGCGGCAUCGCAGAGGUAGCCUAGCAAACCAGAACUUUCUUUCCCAAAGGUUGCAGAAGAUCCCGCAGGAGGAGGAGAUGCAGGUGCAGGAAGUGUAG